AUGGAUUUGCAUUUGAAGAACUUGUUUGGGAGGUUUCAGGACCAAUUCGGAUCAGGUCCGGGUCUAGGACCUGGAUCCGGUGCUUGCCUGAUGAAAGUUGAAGGUAUAUCUUCCAACAUUAUCCAAUCCAUUUUUAGAGCAUCAGCUUCUUUAUACAGAAGUGAGCCAUGGAAGAGGCUCAGACCAGGUCAUCUGUUCGGUGUCCGGGUCGGAAAAGACUCAGAUUGGUCAGGAAAGAGACAGCCUUUUCAGUGCGUUCAGUUCAUAGGAGGGAAUGGUGGUGAUAUAGCAAUCUAUAUGUAUAGAUCCAUGAACAAUGCAUUGAAAAUGACAGAUGAUUCAUUUGAAACGGCUAGAGCUCCUAAUGUUGAGGUUUUAAGAAUCACUGAUGAGGUUGAGUCACUGAUGCUUCCUUGUAACAAGAGAAUGGUCAAGUCUCUGUCUUUAGAAGUCUCUGGAGCUGAUCGGUUUCCGGUCAUCGAUGUUGCCCGGUGCACGACCUCUGGCGAGCUCCAGUUUAGAAACCCGACACUCGAAGAGCUUAGGCUUGUGUUUGCUGUGAUGAAAGCUCUUUCUUUGGUGCAUCCUUUGCUACUGGUUCAAGAGGAGGAGAAGCAAGCCAGGAGAUGUCCAAGGAUGAUAAAGUUUUCACCUUUUAUUGAGACUGUUGAUGUUCAGUGGCCACCAGAGAUGUGCAAAGGACAAGACUUUGUUGCUGUCACGGUUUCGCAUCCUCCAGGUCAAUCAUAUGAACAGAAGUCGAAGCAACCGGCGAUAAUGGCAAGUGAAGAUGAUGAUGAUGAUUUGGAGAUUGUCUCAUCCGGUUUCUCCUAA